AUGUCAGAGUAUUCAGGAUAUUAUAAUGCAAGAGAUUACUGGCUCGAUAUAACACCUCAGCGUUUUUUACAUGAAAUCACACCUGGAAACAUGAAAUUUAGUGUCAAAAAUGCGAAAGAUGACAGUGUGAUGGUGCUGGUGGACUGCGAUAGCUUCAUGUUCAAACUCAAAAACCCUAAAUCUCAGGAAGGUCUCGUGACACAGAAACUGAAAUCCGGAUUCAGAAAUAUAGAAGUUCAUGAAGAUGAAAUCGGUGAACCCUAUGACAUAGAAAACGCACCACCAAAUCAUCUCAUAGCGGUCUGUGGCGUAAAACGUCGAAUCACUAUGCUGAAUAUGAAAGAAGACACGGAAGAGUCGAGAAAAAUCAAAGACGUUUUCUGUCCAAUUAUGUUCAAUAAGAUGAGGGCUGAGUCUGAUGGCCCGAGUGUGGAUCGAAAGGUUCUCAAGAAGAAGAAUGCAAAGAGCAAGAAGAAGAAGAAGUGUUGUACCAUUCUUUAG